UUUCUAAAAGGUAAAUAGCGUGUUUGCUAAGGGGUUAAACGGCAUCAUCAACUGUAAAAUGCUUAAAACUGCAAAAGGGGAACAUCAGCGAGGACCUCGGCAGCCCGGAUGAGCCCCGGAGGCCUCGGCAGCUCGUUAAUUCGCUGCAGAACGGAUGCUGAGCCUCCGCUCAUCGCUGCCUCCACUGCGCAGGCGCAGUUCUUCCAGGACGCGCACAGCCCGCAGAGGGAGAGACGGGAGAAGAAGAAGAAAAAAAUGGCCCUCGAUAAUCUCAUUUUCGGUCAGUGCAUCCUUUAUUUUUUAGCUUUCGUGUUCGGUUUCAUCGCCGUAGUGCCUCUGUCGGAAAACGCGGAGGACUUCGGGGGGAAAUGCCUGCUGUUCACGCGGGGCAUGUGGCAGAACGAGAACAUCACGGUGUCCAAGCAGCGCUUCAUCGUGGAGGAGUGGGGCACCGAGUCCUCCUGCAGCUUCAUCACUUUCGUCGGGAUCUCGUCCCUCAUUCUGUCCGCAGUGCAGGCGUGGAGGCUGCUGUUCUUUCUGUGCAAAGGACACGACGACUCCAUCUUCAACGCCUUCCUCAACCUGCUGAUCAGCUCCGUGGUGGUGUUCACGGUCUUCCUGUCCAGCACCAUCGUCAGUGUGGGUUUCAACAUGUGGUGUGACUCCGUCACGGAGGGCGGGACGAUGCCCAGCAGCUGCGAGGACCUGCAGGACACCGAUCUAGAACUCGGCCUGGACAACUCUGCUUUCUACGACCAGUUUGCCAUCGCUCAGUUUGGCCUUUGGGCUGCUUGGCUCACCUGGCUUGGGAUUGCAGUGAUGGCCUUCCUGAAGGUCUACCACAACUACAGAGAAGAAGACCUGCUGGAUAGCCUCAUCCACGAGAAGGACCUCCUACUCAGCCGCUCCUCACGACGCAACUCUGACCUCAAGAGCGGCCUGGUCUAGAAAGCAGAGCGCGCACAAACACACAAACACGCACAACCACUCGUACAGUCCUCUCGCCUGCCAUGAGAAACACCGAUGUUUGCCUCCGUAUCAAAUUGGCUUCUGCCCCUCGAUCGUGGAUAGAAACCAAAGGUUUUAGAUCUGUUCUCCAAAGACAAUUGAUUUUCCUUCAAAAACACGAUCCCAAUGGUUGGUAAUCCUUAAGGAAUCCUGGUUUAUUGAGUUCAUUCAUCCACUAGGCGCAGACCUCUCCAACUCACAGAACCAUAGUUCAGCUCCUACAGUAUUUAAACCUACUUAAGGGAAUUGUAUACCCAGCUUUUCCAAGCUUAUGAAUUUCUACACAGUAUUAAUAGCGUAGACCGAUUGGCUGAAGGAUUGUGUGAUCUUUGUGAAACAUCUGCAUGGACAUAAUGCAUGACAAACUAAUAGGGUGAGUUUUUUUUUUAGAUAUAUAAGGAUGUUAUUUAGUUUUAUACUCCAUUAAGUGUGCUCCUAAAGAAGGAUUUUGCACCUCUUGAUGAAGGGAGACUUCUUUGCUUGCCGCUGCAAAGUAAAAGUAUGGCGGUUGCAGUGUCUUCACACUCCGCAGAGUGUACAAAUUGUAGUAAAGAACAUUCAUGUAUUGGGCAGAUGUUCCAUGGUUCAAUCUCACAUACAAUACUUUUUGAACUGUAUGUGAGAUUGAAAAGAAAAGAAAAAAAAUCUUAUUUUGUGCCAAACACAAACUCAGGCUUCUCUUUGACACUUCAUGAGCUACAAACCAACAGACGGUAUUACUGUGAGUAGGAGCACAUACAUACCUGCAUGCACCUCUCCCGUUUACAUGCACAUCAAACAGUCACUUAUUACGGGAAUAAAGCAUAUCAGCUCCUUGACUUUGAUAGGCAAAGUCAGUUUUAUUUCAAACAAGAGAAAUCAUAAAACGGUAAGUACUAAGAAGACCCUCCAUAAAGGCACUUCUUCCAAAGUGACCAUAAACGUUUGGACAGCCGUGAGAUGCAGCUUCCAAGCUAAAAGGGUAAAUGCAAGACAUGAGUUCACUGCAUUGUUUUAUUGCUAAUGAGGAUUUAGUUUUGACAGUACAGAGACAGAGUGUGUUUCUUUCUUCCAUACAGGCGCUUUUAGCCUUAUAUUGCUUUGACAUUCAAACGCAAAAACCUCCAAUCCAACGAUUUCCUUCUGAUUUCCCCAAAACC